AACAGCUGACUGACUUAGGUUGUUAAAUUAGAUCAGUAAAUCCGUCGCCGUCACAGCGACGGGAUAAUAUUUUCGACGUGAGAUCGUCGUCAUUGGCGACAAAACGUGAUAAAUAAAAAUCAAAAGGAGGUGAAAAGACUAUCAUAAGAGCGGAUAUAAUCCGUUGUGUGUUUCUAAUUAUUUAAAAGUUUAUUUUGUGUGUCAGCAUAUUUGCUGUUAUUGAAAAUAAUCGACGAAGGUCGUGAUAAUUCGUAACUCGACAAUCGAACAUGGCUUAUUGAAACAAUGAAGGGUUUGCAGCUAAUUACCGUUUCUCCCUUUGGAGAAGAGCUUAUCUCUAUUUGUAAUUCUACUACGUAUUUAAUUGGCCUGAAGGCCAUAUUUUAUCAUGGACAAAAAGUCGAGAUACAACACGCCGCCCUCUGGCAACAAGGGCGCUGCUACUGAUUCUAAAAAAAGUCAAGAUGUCGCCAAUGGUAAAGUCUUCCCAAAGACCUCUAAGAAACGAGAAUCAACUGGAGCAAAUAAUUAUUCGAAAAAUGAACAACCUAGAAAGUCAAGUGUGCAAAAGGCAAGAGCUUUUGAUAAGAGACCAAAACCUAAAGGACAAUAUUAUGGCAGUGCAAAGGAGAAUUCCAAGGUAGGUAAUGAUGAAAUGGCCGAGAUGGGCUCGGUUAUGACCCCAGGAAGUAAAAAACAGAAUUUGAAUCAUCUGUUAAACUUUCACUAUGAACCACGUGAAAAUCGCUGCAACUAUGGAAGGUCGUCGAAGAAUUAUAAUAACAGCAAUCGUUGGUUACCACCUGUUCAGCGACAUAAAUAUAAUAAAGAAUUAUUUCUCCAAGCUAACUGUCAAUUUGUGGUGAACUGCAGCGGGAAUUAUUCGAUUCAUCUGAUUGACCCAGAUACUUUGGUGGAUUGGGACCUGAUAGAGCAAAUUAAAGUACAAACAUCAGAAAAUCUCUCCUGUCCCAUUUGCUUGCACUAUCCAUCUGCAGGAAAAAUGACACGAUGUGGACAUGUUUACUGUUGGCCAUGUAUUCUCCACUAUCUCUCACUCUCCGAUAAAUCAUGGCGCAAAUGCCCAAUUUGCGAUGAAUCUAUACACAAGUCAGAUCUUAAAAGUGUUGUUCAAGUAACUCAUAAUCUAGUAAACAUCGGUGAUACUGUAAAACUUCGUUUAAUGCGUCGUAAACGUGGCUCUUUAUUGGCAAUACCAGUUGGUGAAAAUGAAACUUUGGACCCAGUUACAUUUUUUUCUGCCUCUAAACAUCCAUCAAAUCAAAUUUACUCAAAAUUAUUGCUAGCUGAUUCUAAGGAUAUCUUGGAAAUGAUACAACUCGAGAAAUUGCAACUUGAAAUUGAAUUAAUGGACGAUCCACAGAGUUCUGAAUGCUGUUUCAUUGAACAAGCGCUUAAUGAACUUGCCUUAAGAGAAGAAAUUGUUUCGAAGCAGGAUGAUAAAAAGAAAAGUUUGAUCGAAGUAGAAAAAGUUGAAAUUCAAAAACAAGAAAUUAAUAACUUGAAAAAGAUGAAUGAAAAUCAAGACGAAAAUCCUAUUGACGGUAAUUUUACUUUGGAGAAUGAUAAAGAUGUUGACCAAGUUUCUAAUCAUUCUCAAAAUAACCAAAAUUUAUCAAAAUAUUUUUACUUUUAUCAAGCGGAAGAUGGUCAGCAUGUAUAUCUUCAUGCAAUGAAUGUUCGAAUGCUAGAGAUGCAAUAUGGCAAUCUAGAAAACAGUCCACAUUUGAUUGAAGGCAAGCUUCUUGAAAGAGAAUCUGGAAGCUUCACUGAAGAUUUACGUAAACGAAUGCGUUAUCUAUGUCAUCUGCCACUAACAUGCUCAUUCGAUAUCGUUGAAAUAGAAAUGAAAACACCACUAAUAUCAUCCGAAAUACUUGGUAUCUUUUACGAUCAGAUUGAAGGCAGAAAAACCCGUCGGCAUCGCCGUGAGCGUGAAGAAAAAAGACGUGAGAAGAAAAUCACUGUUGAAGAAAAUAAACGAAUGGGAAAAUAUCCAACUCCGAAUGUUCAGAUUGGUUCACAUGAACAUUUUCCAGAGUGGCAUCCAGAAUCAACGUCUUCAAGUUUAAAUAUUUCAUCACCGCUGGAGUCCAUAGAAGCAUUAAGCAUCGCUAGCAGUCCAACUCACAGUUUAUUUGAGGACGAUAUAAUUGCAACUCAACAGAUUUCCAUGGAGGAAGCACAGUGUGAAGCUGGCCCCUCUUUCGCACAGAUGUUGCGAAGUGAAGCCCUGACAUCCAAUAAUUGGCCGUCUGUUAACGUGCAAAGAUCAUCAAAAAAUUCAGAAUCCGAAAUUUAUCAACGAAAAGUUGUUGUUUCUAAUGAGGACGAUUAUACUGACAUGACAAUCCAGAAUCAGAGCUUGGGUGAUGUUCUUGCACAAGCGCUGAAACAAUCGGAGCUACUUGACACUACUGGUGGAAAUGAAGAGUUUGGGUCGCGAAAAACUAAAAAGAAAAAGCGAGGAAAACAAACUGUGCUCUUUGCUUCUGGAAUGAAUCGAGACUCUUAAUUUAUUUAUUAUUUUUAUUUACAAUUUAUUGAAUAAUCGAUACACUAAUCCUUAAUGCUCCUUUGAUUUUUUUUUCUUUAUUUUUAGAUACCAUUGGCAAUUCUUGAUUAUAAAUUU